AGCCAGCCAGCUAGCGUUUGUUUGUGUGGCUGUAUCUUGGGUUCGCUGGUUUGUUGUUCAUUUGGUUGGCGAUGGUUUGACGAUCAGUUUUACGUAAAAAUUUCACUGAAACGGUUUGCUUUCGUCAAGACAACGGAUCGACAGAAGAUAUUUGUGGAAGAAUAAAAAUAAAUAAAUAAAAAAACGACAGUUUGUGUUUUUUUUUUUUCUCUCAGUUUCUUUUGCUGUUCAUUAUAUUUUUGUUCGAGGAACGUAUCUCCAAUAAAUUUUCAAUUGCUGUGGAAUUUUUGUUAGUUUGGUGUUAUUUUGUGAAACGCAAAGAAAAAGAAGAAGAAACAACCAACAUCACGCAACGAAAUUCCAAAAUAAACUAUAAAUAAUCAAUAAACUUUGAAAUUAAAAUUAACAACAAAAGCAAAAACAAUUGGAGCAAAAUACAAAAACAACAAAAAAAACAAACGUUGAGAAGAGAAAACAAUUGAAAAAUCUUGCGAUUCCAUUUUUAAGCCGGAAAUUUUUUCUCAACCGCAUUUGUAACACAAUUUGUUGUUGCGCCUAUCUAUCACCCACAAGCCAGACCAACUCAAAAACAGCAUCAUGUCCCAUCAAUGCAGUUGCGGUCGCGAUCUUAACAACAACUAUGUGGGCUAUACCAGUGCCUAUGCCAACGCCAACACUGGCCUGGAUAGGGAUGCAAAUUCCAGCACCAAAUCAUCGUCGGGAGCCCAAACCCAGUUCACUGCCAAACUCUUGGUUGGCACAGUGGGCGCCAUCAAGGAGCUGCGAGAAAAAGAGAAAUCACGUCAUUCCAUGGCACGUGCAGCCGAUCGUCGAAAUUAGAAGAAGAAUAAAAAAAACAGCAGCAGCAGGAAGAGAGAACGCCAGACUCCAUUCAAAUCCGGAAAAUGAAAUUGUAAUGAGGUAUUGAAAAGUGAGGAGGAUGAUGGUGGGCGGUCAUGCUGUGUGUAGAGCUUAGAAUUAGAUUCUUGGGUGGGUUCUUUUGUUUAGUUGCGAGCGGAAAAAUUGUGAUUAGAGAAAAUCUAGAGAAGAAGAGAAAUUUCCCCCCCAACAAAAAAGGAAAUUAUUUCUUUUGUAAUAUUUUUUUUAGUUAUUUAGAGUUAAAUAUAUUUUUUUUUUUUUGUUAAUUUUGUAAGCUAAGUCUAACAAACAAAACCAACAACAAAAAACGAGAGUCUAUUUAGUACCGUUUGAGCAUUUUUUCAAAUUCUUGGCUUUCCCUGGGCUUUUUGUAAAAAGGUCUGGCCGGAGGAUUUGAAAAAAAUGCAUAUUUUUUUAGUUUAAUUAAACGAAUUUCUUUUGUUUUCCCCUUAAUCUUUUCCUUAUAGAUACGUUUAUGUAGUUUCCUGCUUUGUUAAGUUAUUUUGUAAUUUAUUUUGUUGUGUAUAUUUUUAUGUUGUAAUUGCAUUUCUCUUUUUUAAUUUUUAAUUUACAUUUUAACUUAUUUUGGAAAUUUCCUUUAAUUUCGUUUUGGGCUUACAAGAAUUUUUUGGCUUCCGUUUCCUCUUGUAAACGUUAAAGAAGCUAUUAAAUCAAAAUUGGUAUGUGGGUAGUAAAACUUUAGUAGAAUGUAAAGAAAAAAA